AUGGGGGUCUGUGGGUCCCUGUUCCUGCCCUGGAAGUGCCUCGUGGUCGUGUCUCUCAGGCUGCUGUUCCUUGUACCCACAGGAGUGCCCGUGCGUAGCGGAGAUGCCACCUUCCCCAAGGCGAUGGACAACGUGACGGUCCGGCAGGGGGAGAGCGCCACCCUGAGGUGUACCAUAGAUGAUCGGGUCACCCGGGUGGCCUGGCUGAACCGCAGCACCAUCCUCUAUGCCGGGAAUGACAAGUGGUCCAUAGACCCUCGGGUGAUCAUCCUGGUGAACACGCCGACCCAGUACAGCAUCAUGAUCCAGAACGUGGACGUGUACGACGAGGGCCCCUAUACCUGCUCCGUGCAGACGGACAACCACCCCAAGACCUCCCGCGUCCACCUCAUCGUGCAAGUCCCUCCCCAGAUCAUGAACAUCUCCUCAGAUGUCACCGUGAACGAGGGGAGCAGCGUGACCCUGCUGUGUCUCGCUAUCGGCAGACCAGAGCCAACGGUGACGUGGAGACACCUGUCAGUCAAGGAAGGCCAGGGCUUUGUGAGUGAGGAUGAAUACCUGGAAAUCUCUGACAUCAAACGUGACCAAUCCGGGGAGUAUGAGUGCAGCGCCUUGAAUGACGUCGCUGCCCCUGACGUGCGGAAAGUAAAGAUCACUGUCAACUACCCCCCCUAUAUCUCCAAAGCCAAGAACACAGGGGUCUCCGUUGGCCAGAAGGGCACCUUGAGCUGUGAAGCCUCGGCAGUGCCCAUGGCUGAAUUCCAGUGGUUCAAGGAAGACACCAGGCUGGCCACCGGCCUGGAUGGCAUGAGGAUCGAGAACAAAGGUCACAUAUCCACGCUGACCUUCUUCAACGUCUCAGAGAAGGAUUAUGGGAACUAUACUUGUGUGGCCACGAACAAGCUUGGGAUAACCAACGCCAGCAUCACACUGUAUGGGCCUGGAGCCGUCAUUGAUGGUGUAAACUCGGCCUCUAGAGCGCUCGCUUGCCUCUGGCUAUCAGGGACCCUCUUUGCCCACUUCUUCAUCAAGUUUUGA